CAAGAGGAAGUAGAACGAGGAAGAGAAUCGUGCUUGUUUUGAAAGUCAAAUUUUGAAGCUCACUUUUUUGUUUCUGGUCUUUUUUCACGAGAUCAUUUUCUUUAUUGUUGUAUGUCUUUAAUAGAUUUCAUUUUAAAAAUAUUUAAAAAGUCAUUUAAAAUUUGAGUCGUCAUUUUAUUUGCAUUUCCUUGGAGAGAAUAAUGGUAUUGUGGUCAUUGUUUGUAAACCUUGCCAGUAUUUUAAGCACUCAUGAGCAACAAACGGGCUCUGGUGAGUUGCACGGUACUUUCUCUGCAAGACUCUUGUUUUGUGUAUCCAUGCUGCAAAGGCUGUCUAUCCCGAUUAAGUCAGGAAAGCAAAAGGGCUAUAUGUGGAAGAUGUGGAUUCACUUGUGACUUACAAAACACUGACUACAGAUACAGACUGUCAUUUAAAGUGUCCAGAAACCAAGACAUAUUUGGUGUGACAGUAUUCGGGGGCUGUUUAAAUCCCUUCUUUGGCAUUACUGCUGGUGGCCUUCAAAGAUGUAUUGAUUUGGAGAAAACUGAAGGCACACAUACUGUUCAACUACUCCUUGUCAAAGCUGUGGAAGACUGCUUUAUAGGAAGAUGUGUCAUUUUUGGAUUGAAGGUCCCUCAUAAUGUUGCCACUUCUUCGCUGUCUGGACAGUUAGUGGCCUGCCAGAUCAUUUCUCCAUUAUCUGUCCAUCACAACAGAAAGACUCACAAAGUUCUCAAAGAAAUGAACUCAGUUUUGAUUAUACUCCUCCAUCAUGUGCAAAGUUGGAUUCUCAACCCAGCAAUGAAGGAUUCACACUCUCAGGCGCAUGGCAAUCACCUGGGUUAUGUUUCCCCCCGGAAGAAUUAA